CCGGCCAUAGACAAUAUUCCUCCUCAUCGACUUCUUUGGUUUACAGCCACGAGGUUUUUAGCAAUAAUUCAAUUUAUUAGCGAAAUAAUAAAAAGAUACUCAAAUAGUAUCGAACAAAAUGCCUCCAAGUAAUCCUUUGCCGCCAAAAGAAAAUGCACUAUUUAAACGAAUUUUGCGUUGCUAUGAACACAAACAAUACAAAAAUGGGUUGAAAUUCGCCAAGCAAAUCUUGACUAAUCCCAAAUUUACAGAACAUGGAGAAACUUUGGCUAUGAAAGGAUUGACUCUUAAUUGUCUCGGACGAAAAGAAGAAGCCUAUGAAUAUGUCCGCCGUGGCCUCCGCAAUGAUCUCAAGUCGCCUGUCUGUUGGCACGUCUUUGGGCUGCUCCAACGCUCCGAUAAGAAGUAUGAUGAAGCAAUCAAGUGCUACCGCAAUGCACUCAAGUGGGAAAAGGAGAACAUUCAAAUUUUACGAGACCUUUCCCUUCUUCAGAUCCAGAUGAGGGAUUUGGAAGGUUACAAGGACACACGCUACCAACUAUUCAUACUAAGGCCGACCCAGCGGGCGUCCUGGAUCGGUUUCGCCAUGAGUUACCACUUACUGGAGGACUACGAGAUGGCCAACAGUAUCCUGGAUGCGUUCCGCACCAACCAAAUGAAGGGGCCUUAUGACUAUGAGCACUCGGAGCUGCUUCUCUACCAGAACAUGGUGUUAGCGGAGUCAGGGCAGUAUGAGCGGGCGUUGCAGCAUCUGCAUAAGUUCUCCAGCCAAAUCCUGGACAAGUUGGCUAUAAAGGAGAACUCUGCCGAGUAUUAUUUGAAAUUGAAAAGGUUCAAAGAAGCGGAGGCAGUUUAUGAGGAUCUACUGAAGAGGAAUCCUGAAAAUGUGAUGUAUUAUCACAAGUUAAUAGAAGCUAGACAGCUUACAAGCACUGAUGACAAAGUGGCCUUCUUUAAUAUUUUUAAGGCUGAGUAUCCGCGAGCAAUAGCCCCGCGGCGACUCCAGUUGACGGCGGCGCCGGCGGGCCCGGUGUUCCGCGAGCUGGUCGACGCCUACCUGCGCAACGGACUCAGGAAGGGCAUCCCGCCGCUGUUUAUUGAUGUCAGAACGCUAUACGAAGACAAACAGAAGUUGGAAACGAUAGAAGAAUUAAUGCUGCAAUACCUAGACAACUUAUCUAAGACGGGACACUUCAGUUCUGUCCCCGAAGCCGACCUACCCCCGGCCAGUGCUAUACUGUGGGUGUACUACUACGCGGCCCAACACUAUGACUGGAAGAAAGACACGGAUAGAGCGCUCGAGUAUAUAGACAUGGCCAUCGAACACACACCCACCUUGAUCGAUCUGUUUAUUAUGAAGGGAAAGAUUUAUAAGCACUGCGGCGACCCGGUCUCCGCCUACUCGUGGCUCCUCGAAGCCGCAGCCCUAGACACGGCGGACCGCUACGUGAACAGCAAGUGCGCUCGCUACAUGCUGCGAGCCGGCCACCACGCAAGAGCCGAGGAGAUGUGCGCCAAGUUCACCAGGGAGGGCGUCCCAGCGACGGAGAACCUGAACGAGAUGCAGUGCAUGUGGUUCCAGACGGAGGCGGCGCUGUCCUACCAGCGGCUCGGCCAGUGGGGCGACGCGCUCAAGAAGGCGCACGAGAUCGAUAGGCAUUUCUCCGAAAUAAUGGAGGACCAGUUCGACUUCCACUCGUACUGCAUGCGCAAGAUGACUCUCCGGUCCUACGUGGGUCUACUCCGGCUCGAGGACGUGCUGCGGUCGCACCCCUUCUACCUGACGGCGGCCAGAGUGGCCAUCCAGGUGUAUGUGAGGCUGUAUGACAAGCCCGAGCCGCCGGCGGCGCAUGCGCAGAGUGCUGUUACAGAAAAUCUAGCGCCGUCGGAGUUGAAGAAGCUCCGGAAUAAACAGAGGAAAGCGAAGCGCAAGGCCGAACAGGAGAGCGCGCUGCAGGCGCAAGUGCAGGUGAAGCGCGAGCAGCACCACAAGGCGCGCGCCGCGCAGGAGCAGGGCGACCCCGAGGCGCCGCAGCUCGACGAGCUGGUGCCCGACAAGCUGGCCAGGGUAGAGGACCCCCUGGAGCAGGCGAUCAAGUUCCUGUGUCCGCUGCGGACGCUCGCCGCGGACAAGAUAGAAACGCAUUUAAUGGCCUUCGAAAUAUACUAUAGGAAAAACAAGCCGCUACUAAUGCUGCAAAGCCUGAAGCGCGCGUGCGGGCUGUCCACGGACAACUCGCACCUCAACGACUGCAUCCUGCGCUUCCGGCUGUGGCUCGACGAACAUAAAGACGUGGCGCCGGCCGUGGCCACCGUGCUGGAGCAGGAGACCCUCAAUAUGUUCAAAGGCCGCACAGCCGCACAGAUGACAGAAGAGUUCGCGUCGCGCUGCGACGGUCAACGUCGGGCGUACUGGGGCGCACGGGCUCUGUACCGCACCCGGCCCGCCGCCGCCAUCGCACUAGCCACGUCGUUGCACCAUGAUGAUGUGUCUAUACAGGGUUGCGUGGAAGUGCUGACGAGCCUGCGCGACGGCGAGUUCGGCCUGUGCGAGAAAGAGACCGAAGACUACAUCGCGGCGUGUCGGGAGAAGUUCCCGUACGCCAAAGCCUUCCAACCGCCAGCGCCGCCUAGCGACGACGAGGCGAACCACGUCGAGGAGAGCCAGGUCAAGGAGGUCUCCGCCAGCUACUGAAGUCAAUGCAACCACAGGGUCUUGUUAUAAUGGUCUAGAGUCGCUUCUGUACAUCCUUUUAAUUUCAUACAAGGUUUUCAGCUACGUGAACUGCCGUGUUUUUUGUAAAUUUAGACGUCACGUCGGUCUAGUGUCACGAGAAUUCGGAUUGCGGAUCGAGUGGUUGUUUGUAGCUAUUCGAAACAAGACAAAGGUGUAUUAGUUCCAAAAGUUGACGCUAGAGGAGAUCAAAAUUCUCGUGACAUGGAUACAACUUGGUAGCUUAUAAAUGAUAAUGUUGCAACAGCCGAAAUAUCUUGAAUGUUCGUUUUAAUUGAUAUUAUGAAGCAUGUUUUCGGUCGAUGCAAUGUUAUUAUAACAUUUACUACAGAUUUCUAAAGGCAUUUUCAGGUUUUCUAAAACUAUUCUGGUUUUUUUUCUUUGUUUGGAUAAAACCUUAAUAGUUUUGAGAACCUUUUUUUUUCUGCUUCUACAGUUACCGCCACUCCUUCAAUCACAUGAAACUAACAUUUAGGAUUACUCGCGUUCGUUAGUUUAACUUUUUAUAGCGUGGGAUGUCACAAAACACUGACAGAAGAAUUUAAUACAUUGUCAAAGGGCAUUCGUUACCUUUCGGUAUAUUAUUUUUAUUCAAGGUUGGUUUACCUGGUUUGGUUUGUGUUGGAAAUGGUUAAUUUACUCCAAUAUCCUGACUUGUCUCAUAUCAUUCAAUACCUGAUACAUACAUAUACCUACUGUUUGUUGUUCAGUGUUUGCUGCUAAUAGGUUUGCGGCAAACUAGGCAGAUAUAUACUACUUUACUAUACUUUAUGAAAACAAAAAAGGACAGCCCACUUGUAGAUUACAAUAAUAAUCAUUAUUAUUUACAUCAUAUUUUAUCUUCACUGUCCAAAAUACUUAAAUUCGUACGUAUACUUAUAAAUGUAUGGACUUUAAUUAGAAUCUUUUAUGUUAUUGUUUUGUAAAAUCUCCAGAGAAUGUAGGAUUUAACUAUUUCAUUGUUGCUCGUUUAUACAUAAUAGCUGUUGCUUUAGUUCCUAGGUUUUUUUUUUACCUUUUUUAUAAAUAAUUAUUGGUGACAAAGACUCAUAGCUUUUGGCCUUAUAAAAAAUAACUUGAUUAGUAAGGUGGUUCAAAAAUUCAAUUCAAUAUUAGUAGGUAGGUACUUUUUAGCAAAUAAUAUGUUAGCGAAUGGAACAAACAUGCUUAACUACCGAGUAUAAGACUCGAAUGUACAGGAUCAAUGGAAUAAUUUACAACUAUUGAUAUUCUAGUCCUGUGAUCCUGACGCCAUGUUGUAAUGGCAUCAACAACUAUUUGUACAAUAAAAAUUUCGAAUAGAUUAGCAUUAAAUUUUUCAGUAUAAAAUAAAAUGUAAGCAAUUUGGUCGAACGCCUAUGUAUCCUGUAAUAAUUCGGAUUUUGUACCAUGUUGAGUGAAGUGUUCAAUGGUUUUAUAUGGUUAGGAAUUAUCAUUACUAAUGUGGACAUUGCGUGGAGCGCAGCCUCCUCCAAUACUGUAGAUUACCGAACUGGAGUACGCUUUGUAAAUAAUUCUUAUUUUUAAGUUUGUACUGUACAAUAUUGUUAUUGUGACGUCACUGGUGACUCGCAAUGCUCUUGACUAUUGUGCCCAAAACGCAGGAUUUGGUUGGCAAAAUUGAUGAUGUAUCAUAUUAUGAAUACGCAAAAAUGUUGGCUCCUGCGAUCAUGAAAUUUUUAUGCGUUAUCAUUGACAUCAAUUUCGUUAUUUACUUUCCAAAUCUUCUUACAAGCUCUAUUUUCACUUGGCGGCAAUUGAACUGGUGACUCUGAGGAAAAGUUUAGAGAUAUUGUACUGAAAUGUCUCUAAUAUGUGGUAAUUUGACUGUGACAUGUCUCCGAGUGAAAACAGGGCUAUGUGUUUGGGCACGUUGUAAUUUAGGGUUUUAAAAUUAUAGUCUGUUUGCUGAAACCAACAUAACCGCACUAGCCCACUCUGAUAAGGAUUGUGAAGUUCCAAUACUGAAAAGGCCCGUGUGUGACAAACCUUAGAUAUUGCUUUGUUCUAUAGUAAAAUUGAUUUACUAUGACUUCUUUUCACUCCCGAUCUUGAAUACAUAGUUUUUGUAUACAAGAUGCUGUCUAUGAUUGGAGUAUGUAUUUGUACCCCCGUCAUCUGUACAUAAAAAGUAAUAAAAAAUAUUUUACAAAUUUAAA